UGAAUCGUGACUAGCCGUCACUGGAAAACGAGCGGGAAGCUGAAGCGUUCUCCUGGUACGGAGAAGGUGUCAGUCAUGGUUCGAAAUGUGGUUGAAAAGUCACCUGGUGACAAAAGGAAAAGGAAAAGUCCACAAAAGCGUAGUUCGCCGUCAUCUGAAGUGAUAUACAGUAAUUCUAAAAGAUCAGCUCCUGGUUAUGAAGGCAGUGAACGAAAAAGAAGGAGAUAUCGGCCUGGGACCAGAGCUUUGAUGGAAAUUAAACAUUACCAAAAGACAACUCAUCUCUUACUCAGAAAAGGUCCUUUUGUUAGAGUGGUCAGAGAAGUUGCUGACAAAUUUUACCAGCAAGCAGAAUUAAGGUGGCAAGCUACAGCAUUGCUAGCAUUACAGGAGGCAGCAGAGGCAUUCCUUGUCAGACUUUUUGAGGAUGCUAAUUUGUGUGCCAUCCAUGCUAAAAGAAUAACUGUCAUGCCCAAGGACAUGCAGCUGGCCAGGCGGAUCCGUGGACGACAUGAUGGGCUUGGUUGAUUGAAAAUGAACAGUUCACCACUUCGUAAGCCAAAACUAUGGAAGAGCACUUUUAUUUUUUUACAAGAUGUAUUUUACUUCAUACAUGUAUGAUAUGUUUUUAAUCAACUUUUAGUUUUAAUUUUUUUUUUUUUAUAUGUGAUUAUAUUUAACUUAAAUUCAUAUUCGAAAACAUUUAUAAAUCACUUUGGAUUUUCAAGCUGAGUGCUGUAUUUAUUUGACAGAACUACUUGUUCAUGAACUGAGAAUAAAAUUAUUUACUGGGCUAAGCACUACGUUGUCACUUAGUUUUCCAUUUUUCUACUUGAUGUAAACAAGCUGGAGUCACCAAACUUGGUUCAAAACAGCUCUAUUUGACCGUAAUACUACGGUUAAACUAAAAAGUAGUAAAAAAAAAAAUAAUGAAUUUAAAGACACCCAUUUACGUCUUUCUUGUUUGUACUAGACUGUUUGCCAGUACGCUUUCAAAACAAUACAAAACAAAAAAAUAAAACAGAACCGACUGCCUUAAUUUAACAUUUAUUGAAAAUACAGUGUAUCUUUGUAGUAAUAAAACUUAAGUCAUUUUA